UUCCGGUGUCCCCGAGCUUCUCUGGCUUUCUGAAGGCUUUGAUGGAUGCUCCAGGAGUUAAACUCUGCUCUUCACGAAAUGUGUUUAGGUCACCGUUUUAUUUUUCUUCAAGCAAAAGGAAGGUGUUAGAACGUGGCUCCAGCCCUUUGAACAGUGUUUUGUAGGCUCUGGGAGAUCUGCAUAAACCAGCCUUGUUGUGCAAGGUAGAUUUUCGGACACAGAAACUUGUCUGCUUUACAGCGCCUGCACGUGGUGUAGCGAGAACAUCUGCAAGACAGGACAAGCACCGAGGUUAGUGCGAAACGCGGACGAGUUGAGAAGGAACUUUUCUUUCUGUCUUCCUUCUGCUCCUGCUUUGCGCUCCUGCUGGAAGGAGGAUGGGGCAGCUGUGCGGCCGGUGCAUGCAGCUGCUGCGGGACUUCGUGGCCGCUGUGCAGAGGAUGUGCUCCGAGCUGGUGCGCAGCAUCAAGGAAUGCCUGACUCUGAUCAGCAACUGCUCCUGCUUGAAGCAGGGCAGCUCGAAGGCCAGGCAGCUGUACCAGCCCAUCCUGCAGCCGCACGAGAGGGUGACAGCGCAGGAGUUUCUGCAGCACAUCGAAGCAGGUUUUGAAAUGUCGCCGCUUGGGAAGGACCCUCUGGAAGCCUUGAGGACUUUGGCCUUUUCAGAAAACCCAGGUUUGCAGCAGUCUGCUGCCCUCUACUACUUGCACGUGAGUCAGCACAUCAAUGUUCCCCUGCCUGUGGAGCACCUGGAACCCUUCUACGCUUUGCUACGGUCUGCUGACCUGGAGGUGCAGCAGAUGUCUUCCUUGUCCCUUGUCAACUUCUUGCUGGAAGGAAACAUUGACAAAGAAUUGGUUGUCGAGAUGGGUUUACUUGAGCCAAUUCUGGACCUACUGGAGUCAGAGGAUCCCACUGUCCAGUGUAACUCCUGUGCCUGCAUCAUGACUUUGGCUGUUUCAGAGUCCAACCGGGAAGCCAUUGGUGCUGCUCGAGGAGUGACACCCCUGCUGUCUCUUGCCAAUUCCUACGAUCCCAGGGUCCAGCAAAAUGCAGUUGGGGCUAUCCUCAACCUCACAAGAUCAGAGAAAAUCCAACAGGUCCUAUGCAAGGAAGGAGCCCUGCCAGUUCUUGCAUUGCUGCUGGAAUCUCCUGACUCAGAAGUGCAGUAUUACAGCUGUGCUGCCCUGAGCAAUGUGGCAGCCAAUGCUCAGCAUCAUGAAGCCAUGCUGAGCCCUGCCAACAGGUUCCUGCUGCGGACGCUCAUCUCUCUCCUGUCCUCUGCUGUGGACAAGGUUUCCAGCCAGGCAUGUGUUUGCCUCAGAAAUUUGGCUGCCAGUGCAGAUAUCCAGGCAGAGAUGGUUGCUGAGGACGUGCUGCCCCAGCUGUGCUCCCUCCUGGCGUCGCGCGGCCAGGACGUGCGUCGCGCCUCCGUCGCGCUGCUCUGGAGACUGUCCCAGCACCCGCACAACCAGGAGGCUCUGGCGUGUGUGGAGCUCCUGCAGAGCCUGGGGAGGCUGCUGGCAGAACACAGAGGAGACCCUGUGAUUGUUGGCCACGCUGCUUGUAUCAUCACAAACCUGAGCCUGGCCACACACACACAGGGUAUCAUUGAGAGCCCAUGUGUUGAAGGUCUCCUCCAGACCAUGCUUUCUACUGACCUUCAAGAAGACUCUCUUCAUUAUGUGAUAUCUUGCCUUGCUGAGCUGGCCAAGCAAGAAGGAGCCACGUUAUGUAUGGUCCAGUGGAUGGAUGAACCCUUGACAAAGUGCUUGGUGAGCCUGGCUGGCCAACUGGAACAUGCUGAGCCAUCCUUUCAAGCUGCCUCCAUCAUCCACCACAUGAUAGGUCACGAAAAGAUGCUGCUGCUGUUGAGGGGUCACAGGGCAGAGAUUCAGGCCUAUCUCAAGAACUUCCUUACCCACCAAGAGAUCCGCUUCCAGCAGCUCGGCAUCUCCACCCUCUGCAGGCUGCGGGCAGACCCAGAAUUUUCAUUAGCAUUCAGAAAAAGCCAAAUGGCCACACUCCUUGAGCAAGUCAGACAACAAACAGAAGAAACUCAAGAGCUUCUCAGGGCAGCGAUUUGCCAGGAUGAGAGUUAAUGUUGAAGCUGGACAGCUUAUGAAAACUUGCAAGAUCCAAGAGCCUGAACUUCCAGGGAAGACAAUUCCUCUAAUUGGUUCCUGCAGUUAAAAUUU